AUGGCCGGAUCCAAGGUGACUGCCCCCAAGAUGUCGCCGACAGACAAUUCCUCUCAUAAACGCAAACGCGAUGAUCCCACUGCUUCCACCUCCACCUCUACCCCGACCAAGAAGCACAAAAAAGAGAAGAAGCGUGAUAGUCUAUCUGCUGGAGGCACUGAGAAGCAGAAGCGAAAGCUACUCAAGGAUUCUCUUCAGGGCGAUGAUCAUGAGAACUCGCCCCGGAAAGAGAGACUUGCCUCAUCGAAGCACACCCAAGAGACACCUGCGGACUCCGACAACACUAAAACAAGCAAGAAGCUGAAGGAUGGCAAACGCAAGAGCUCUCGGAAGGACGAUCAGACUGACGAUGAACCUAAAACUACGAAAUCAACACCCAAGGAAGACCAGGACUCGGAAGAAUCCAGUGACAACGACGCAGAGCGCAAGCCGUCCAAGAACAAACACGCGGGCAUCCUCUCCAAGUUUGAACGUACGAAAACCGUGUCCAGCAAAAAGGCAAAGAAGUCGAAGCCUGAGGUCGAAGAUAUCGAAGAGAAUGUCGUUGAGCCAGUCAUCGCAAAGGGCCUUGAGCCACUGCCACAACCCGAGAACCCACCGGAGCUCGAAGAGGCUCCUACCUACUCUUCCCUGCCUCCUUGGUUGGCGAACCCCCUACGAACAUCGACCGAUGAACGGGCCAAGUUCGCAGACCUCGGAAUCAAGCCAGAUCUUCUUCGCAUUCUCGACCAGAACAAUUACAGAGAGGCCUUCGCAGUUCAGUCCACCGUCAUCCCCCUCCUAUUGGACGGCGAUAACCACCAUCCUGGCGAUUUGUGUAUCUCAGCCGCCACGGGAUCCGGAAAGACCCUUUCCUACGUGCUUCCGCUCGUGACAUCCUUGAACCCGAGACCCGCAUCAAGACUUCGAGGCUUGAUUGUCGUCCCUACUCGAGAGCUAGUCAAGCAGGCUCGCGAGGCUUGUGAACUCUGCGCCUCUGGAUCGCGCCUUCACAUUGGCAGUGCAGUGGGAAAUGUGGCCAUUAAAGAGGAGCAAAAAUUUAUCAUGAGAACAGAUCAAGUCUACAACCCCGCGACUGUUGCACAAAGACAGGCGCCAGGCUUGCAAGACAAUGACUGGAUGGACUUUAGCCUUGAAGACUGUGUUACUGAAGCUGUUGAUUCGACAGGUUUCCUUCCGGGAUAUAUUCAGAGAUACGAGCCCAACGUUGAUAUUCUCAUUUGUACCCCCGGUCGUUUGGUCGAUCAUCUUCGCUACACCAAGGGAUUCACCCUCAAACAUCUUGAAUGGCUGGUGAUCGAUGAGGCCGAUCGGCUGCUGAACGAAAGUUUCCAGGAGUGGGUAGAUGUGGUGAUAGGUUCGUUGGAUGCGCGACAUGCACCGGAAACCUUUGGCCCGGGCGGAAAACUCUUGUCGGAGCUUGGUCUGCCGAUUGAGACAAAACCCCCGAGAAAGGUUGUUCUUAGCGCUACUAUGACCCGCGAUAUCACCAAGCUCAACUCUCUACGCCUUGACGACCCUAAGAUGGUUAUCAUUGGUGCUGAGAAUGCCAUCAACCCCGAAGAUCCUUUCGCUACGCACUCCGAUGCCAACUUCACACUGCCGUCGACUCUGCGAGAACGAAUGGUUGCCGUGGGCGAUGAAUCUCUCAAGCCGCUCUACCUCCUGCGUCUGCUACUAUCACACAUCGGCGUUGAAGUUGAUAGGAAGUCUAGUCUCACCUCCAAGGCCGCUGGCUCCGAUAGCACUAGCUCGGAUGAUACCUCCAGCGACGACGAAACCAGCUCGGAUGAAUCUUCAGAUGAUGACACAUCAUCCUCAGGGUCGGAUUCCGAGUCUGACUCCGAUUCUGCAAGUGACACUUCCAGCGAUGCUUCGAGCGACACUUCAUCGGAUGACUCUUCUGACUCUUCUGAAUCCGAGUCCGAGUCCGAAUCUAAGCUCAAAACUGUAUCCAAGACUGGCCCUCGACCCACUACUGUGCUCGUCUUCACCAAAUCUUCCGAAUCUGCGUCGCGACUUUCCCGUCUCAUCUCCCUGCUUCACCCGCAACUCGCCAGCCGCGUGGGAACCAUCAUCAAAUCCGACAAAUCGUCAGCAUCACGCAAGACUCUGGCAGCUUACCGCAAGGGCAAAAUCUCCGUCAUCGUGGCUACCGACCGUGCCUCUCGUGGUUUAGAUCUGCAAUCGCUGUCUCACGUUAUCAACUAUGAUGUUCCCAGCAGCAUCACAACCUAUGUGCACCGUGUCGGCCGUACCGCCCGCGCUGGAAAAGAAGGUUCUGCAUGGUCUCUGGUGGCUCACCGCGAAGGACGAUGGUUCGCAAACGAAAUUGCAGCCGGCGUGGACGGUCGCAUCAUACGUAACUCGCCCAUCGAUCGCGUCCAGGUGAAGACAAAUGACCUCAAGUCACUCCAGGAGAAAUAUCCCAAGGCCCUCGAGAAGCUGGAGCAGGAAGUCAAGGGUAGGAAAUGA